AUGGGAAAGAUACGAAGAGCUCGCCAAAAACUCCAUCUUCCAGCCGUGAAACCCGACAACGAAAAGGACAAACAAGAUGUAAUGAAACCAAAUGAGGUAUGUCAAACAUGUCCACUCUAAGUUCUGUUACCGGUGUCGAUGAUCACUAGUUAAUCUUCCAUUUUUUAAUCGUUCUUCAUUUACGCCCACGUGGAUAAUUUUUACUGUUUUUACUUAAUGUCAGAAAUAAUUGUAACAACUGUUUGUUCUGUAAUCAAAUUUAUCUUAAAGUUGUUUAUCUUGAGUGGGUAAAUUUUCGCACAAGCUGUUGCCUGGUCCCACGGUUCCUACCUAUGCUGUCUCCUUUUCGCGGGCGACAAGAGAGGCUCCAGGUUGUUAUCACGCAUGCGUCGCGUGUAUGUAGCCAGCAUUCGUUUGGACUUCCUUUAACAAUUAAUGGAAUGCACAGAAUGCAAUUUGAUUAUGCUCGUCUCGACCUUCUGCCCCUUGUAAUCAGAUCACGUGUGUUUGGACCAUCUGUCAAGUGAAAUUUACGCAAUGCACAGUGAUGGAACAAAAGCGUUUGGACCUUUGAGCGUCGUUGCCUGUACUCCCUAACCUUUAAUAUACUUCACAAUGUUAUUUUAGGGCCCCCAUUAGAAAUUUUCAUGAUCUGCAGUAUCACAAUGGUUGGAAAAGUAGGACCAGUUUCAACUCCUCUGAUCAACUAGCCUGUGUGCUGUAGAUUACUACACAUGCCAAGGCCAAAACUAUGUUUCCACAUACCUGUGAUGUGGCGCUGCGGAUUGGUCGAAGAUCACGUUCCAGACUGUCACACACCCUUACAGAUCAUAUGGAAAGUAGGCUUUUCUACCUUAUCCCGGCUCCUUCUUCCCUUUCUAACUACUGCUGGUAAUAAUUAUUGAAAGUAUCUUCUCUUUAUGCAUGGUUCAAUUUGACCUGUUACCAUGCCCUCCUGGCAGGGACUGUGGAGACCAUUUUAAAGUGGUAGGGGUAAGAAAUCUGGCCAAUACAAAGAAACAUUCAGGUUGGUGUUUCACCAUUUAUCUUGCAUUUGCAUGCCAUCUUAUGUACCACCUCAAAGUCCACACAUGCUAUACUAUCCAAUAUAGCCAAUAUGUCAAAUAAACAUUUCCAAGGUUGCUACUUUUUGAAGUUGUCGAAAGUGCCGAAGCUUCUCUUGCGAUUCUCAUGGCGAGAAAGAAAGUCCUGUGAUGUCAGCUAUAGAGACACUGUCUGUUCUCCGCUUGUGACUGUUCACCACUGCUAGGUCACCCAUCCUGGAUGGAAGCCACGUCUUCAGACACCGUGCAGAUGAGAAUGCACGCUUGCCAGCAGCACUAGUUCCAGGAUUUACAGUAGGCAUGCAGAUAGUUUGGGCUCCUGAAUUACAGUGUAGCUUCUUUUCUGGUUCUGGAAACUUUGACACCGCCAACUGGAUUUCAUCAAAACAUGAUAUCUUCUCUUUAACGUAACCUCCAAAAUACUUAGUGGCAUGCCCAGGUAGCGCCCCUGUAUCAACAUCUUCGCUGAAUGAUGCUUCAAGAAACUUAAAAUCUGCCUCAUAGUCAUCACCAUAAGCAGCUUUAACCAAGAGGGUCUCCAUCUGGAUGUAGCAUCUGAAACUUUCCUGAUAGAUAGCACUGACGCUAAGAUCAAUAGCCUCAUAAUAGACCCUUCUAAAAUGAUCAUUGGCAGUUUUGGGGUAGGUUGGUGCACUAGCACCAACCUCCAGUCCUCCAGUCUAACCUCCUUGCUUUCUUGAAAGUGUUGGUUCACCAAGCAGGCCUUCACUCUUGCAGGGAACAUUAGCAUAGAAAUGGUCGAAGCUCUGAUCACUGGGCAUUUUUGUGAGCGUCUCCUUUGUUUUCUUUUACAAAAAAUAAAUCGAUUUGAUUUUGCAUCCUACGCACAUUCCGUUGAAAUUUUAAAACAUUCCUUCAAAUACAGACUUUAAUUUUGAUGGUUAUUCCAACAAAUUCCUGCAUUUUCCCUUGAAAAUACGUAGUCUUGAGUUCCGCAGUUUCAUGCAAACUGCAAAAGAAAUAACACAUACUUCGCAAAAUCAAAGAGAAAUACUCUGGCCCAAACGGUUGGACUUGUCCAAGGGGUUGCUUUGGGGGGGGUGGGGGGGAUAAUAACAGGUCAUAUUGAAUCAUGCAUUAGAUAAUUUUUGAUUAGAAAAUCGAAGGCUAGAUCUGUCAUUUAUUUAUAGUCUAGUCUUCCUGCUAUUUUUCCCAUGGCUGGACUGUUUGAUGCAAAUGUUGAUGAAGCAGACUCUUCUCAAGCACAGAAGGGGCAGCAGAAUAAAAAGGAUAGACGGAAAGAACGCCAUGAACAGUUCCUGAAAAGUAAGCUUUAGUUUACUUUGUAUUUCAUCUAUUCUUUCACUGAGUUUCUCAUACAGGUUUCGUGUAGCCUAUUAGGAAUUCUUUACUUAGGCUCGGUUCAAACACCGAACUCCUCAUGAACCGAACCUAAUACAUUGAAUUAAGUACAUGAAUAGUUUGGCAGCUGAAUCAAUAAUUUUGUUAUUCCUAUAUUAGGAACACCUGUUUCACUCAGCUGUGCUUUGCGACUAGCUCAGCCAAGAAUUUUUGCUUUGGAUUGACUUUGGAACAGCUUUGAUUCAGACACCGAACUUUUCAUGUAGCUAACCUACUGCAUAAAUUAUCAUAAAUGGGUAUUUUUCUCAUUCUGAAUUUAUUUUGGCUGGAAUUAAGAUCGGCGUCUGAAUCAAUUCAGCUGGUCUAAAUAAAUUGGGUUGCCCUUAAUUCAAACUACAUGUAGGUUCAGCUCAUGAAAAGUUCAGUGUCUGAACUGGGCCUUAGCCUGUGGAAAAACCUAGUAUUAUUUGCUGAGUUCUUGACAGUCUUUUUUCUGUUCAUGAACCACAGAGUUACAUGCAGGCCGACGUGUAGAAGAAGACAGCAAGAAAGCAAAACAGCGAGCCCAGACCGUUGUCAUUGGUGACAUGGAGCCAUUGCUCUCAGCUUUGCCGACCAUAAACAUACCUGACCUUGUCAGAAGCACAAAAUCCACUGACAACAGGUAGAGCUGAAUAAGAUGAACUCAGUACUGAAAGUAUUUUACAGAGUGUACAUUUUACUUGUAUUAUUUUGGGUCAUACAUGCAUGUGACUCAUCCAAAUUUUACCUUAACCUUUGAUGGUCAGCAUUUAUAAAACGUCUUAAAAUAUAAGUUGAUGUGCCUCUGAAUUUGUGACUGAUACAAGUCAUUGCCAUCAACUUAAAGUUAUUUAUUUUCUGCAGUGGAGGAAGUGAAAAGCCAAAAAAGAAGAACAAGAUGAGGAAUAAAGCUCGGCAGGCUCUACAGUGAGUGUGUACUCCCUUACAAGUUAGUCAGAUGGGAGGGUUGAUUAGCUUUGGUAGAUAUGUUGAUGCCAACACCAUGACCAUCUGCACCAGUGACUGCAGAGACAGAACUGGUACUUUCCUAAACCACCCACAAGACCUUUGGCAUCUGCUCUUUUUUAGCUUCUUUAUCAAAACAUUGCAUUAGGCCCACUUCAAACAUCAAACUUUUCAUACGUGAUUGUUAGGUAAACCAAGCCUAAGAAUAUUAUUACAUGCGCACUAUUGCACACUAUUUUAACUUUAUGACAACAACAACUAUAUUGAAAGUAUUUCCUGCUGAUUCUCCGUUCCUACUUAUCCUACUGCUCCUACUGAUCCUACUAAGAUCCUACCAAUCCUCUGUUCCAACUGUUCCUUCUGUUGCUGUGUUCCUACUGAUCCUCUUUUCCUGCUGAUCCUACUGAUCCUGUGUUCCCACUGAUCCCACUGUUCCUGUGAUCCUACUGAUCCUCUUUUCCUGCUGAUCCUGUGUUCCCACUGAUCCUACUGUUCCUGUGAUCCUACUGAUCCUCUUUUCCUGCUGAUCCUACUGACCCUGUGUUCCUACUGUGUACCCUCAUUCAAACUAUUUCCCUAUGACGUCAAUCAGGUCAUCGUACACCAGCAAUGAGCCAAUUUGGGUGUACCAUGAAUUGAGUUCGAGUGGCCCACGUGGGAAUUUCGACUGUGGAGCGACUUCGUUUCAAACAUCGAACUUUUCAUGUGCCAAAUCUAAUGCAUCAAUAACUAUAAUUUAUUUUGACUGGUUAAGCAUUGUAGCACAUUGUACUAUUGGAACAUCGUGAAAAUGAAUUGAGUCUAAUAAGGCUCGACGUUUGAAUCAACCUUCAAACUUGUAUCAUUUGGGUUGACCCAAAUAAGUAUUUUAAAGUUUGGUACAUGAAUGGUUGGACAUUUGAACUGGGCCUUAGUUACAUCAAACCUUAGACACCUUAGACCUCAUUUACAAAGCCAUAUCUGAUUUUACAAUUAAUGAAUGAGGCUGAGUAUCUUAUGAAGAAUUAUUUUUCCUUUGAUUCUUCAUAUCUCUCUGGUUCCAAAAUUAUCCAUACCUCCCUCAUGGAAGGGAUUUUUCCUUCGACCCCCAUCUCUCUGGAAAUUCCAGUCAAGCUUCAUGCAUUUACUUAAAUUUUGGGGCAUUUGAGAACCCCCCACCCCCCAGGAAUUUCCAAUCCCUUCUAUGGAGGGAGUAUGGAUAUUUUCUGGAACUACACAAUUCAAUAAUUGUUUUUUCAAAAUAAUUCCUAGCUUAAAACGUAACUAAAACAUGCUUACCUCCAUCGAUGUUAAGUUCAUCUUCGAAAGUGCAUGUUUAGGGUUGUUCAGCUCAGCAAAUAUUCUCCCAAAUAGCAGAUGUCGCCCUCAGAGUUGUCUUCUUGCUGUUUUUGCCAUGUUUUUAGCUAUUAUUUCGUCUAGUUCUUACUCUUGAAACGAGUGAAAUGUCCGCCAUUUUUGUUUUCACAACCGAAACAACUCAACCUCGUCCCCGGGUUUUCUCGGUUAAUGAUGCAUUAACCUGCAAGGAAGCUGUUCUUUUGACGUCAUUAAUCGCAAAAUUUUUCCAUUUUUUUUUUUCAAAAACUUUUUUUGUCAUCGGUAGCUGGUUAUGAUGAAUUAUGCAUGUGCUUUUAGCCAAUCAGAAUCGUGGAAAUAUUUUGACCGAAUAAUAAUGUAAAGUAAGGUAUUCAGAAAUGUAUGCGUAACGCGUUUUUUGUGUGUGUUUGUUUUCAGGGCAAGUGAAAUUGCACAUUUUCAGCAAGUUCUGCAGCAUCCUGCUUACAAAGCCAAUCCUCUUGCAGCUAUUUCUGAGCACAUUAAAAAUGCUGUACAAAGAGAGCAUGAAAGUCAGACAUGA